GCAAAGUUUGCAAGCUGCAGGUACCUCGCAUUCAACCGGAGUUUGUUACGAUUUAGUAUCAAUCAAAGAUUUUUUAUAAAACAAAAUGAGUGAAAUCAAACCAACCGAGUCAGCUCAAACUGAAGACAGCGCGGAGGAAAACGACUGGGCUGCGGCCAAAGCCUUUUUUGACAACCUCAAAACAAACAAACCGAGACCUCCCAAGCCUCGUCAUGCUGUCACCAUCGCCGUCUCCUCUCGCACCCUCUUCAACAUGGUGGCAGAGAGGAAGAUUUAUGAAGACCAGGGAGUGGAGAAAUACGUGGCUUAUCAGGUGGAGCAUGAAAACGAGCCCCUGAAGCCAGGAGCUGCUUUCCCUUUCGUCAAGGCACUGAUGAAUGUCAACGCUCGACUGAGGCAGCUCUACCCAGACAGUGAGGAGCUGUUUGACAUCGUCUUAAUGACUAACAACCAUGCCCAAGUUGGAGUGCGCCUCAUAAACAGCAUUAAUCACUAUGAUUUGACCAUAGAGAGAUUCUGUAUGACCGGAGGGAAAAGUCCUAUCGGCUACCUGAAGGCGUACAUGACGAACCUAUACCUCUCCAAGGACUCAGAGAAAGUCACAGAGGCCAUAGAGGAAGGUAUCGCUGCAGCCACGAUGUUUAUGCCUGAAAAAGAGAACGAGUUGAGCGACACUGAGCUGAAAGUUGCGUUUGAUGGCGACGCCGUCCUCUUCUCAGACGAGUCGGAGAUCAUUGUGAAGAAACAUGGCCUGGACACCUUCUUUGAGCACGAGAAGCAGUUUGAGAACAAACCUCUCGCUCAGGGUCCCUUGAAGUGCUUCCUGGAGGCUCUGGGGAAGCUCCAGAGAAAAUUUUACGCCAAGAAUGAGCGCCUGAACUGCCCCAUCCGAACAUACCUGGUGACGGCCCGCAGUGCUGCCAGCUCUGGGGCUCGCGUCCUGAAGACUCUCCGCAGCUGGGGCCUGGAGAUUGAUGAGGCUCUCUUCCUGGCCGGGGCUCCUAAAGGGCCCCUGCUGCAGAAAAUCAAACCGCACAUUUACUUUGACGACCAGAUGUUCCACAUCGAGGGGGCCAAGGAGCUGGGCACCAUAUCUGCACACGUACCCUAUGGGAUCGGACAGAAGUACAACAGGGGAAAACUCAUCGAGCAGCCUGAAAAAAAGGAGUAACCUAAAAAUGUUUCAAAUAUGUAGUAGCCACUAUGUUCUGCAAAUUAAGAGAGUUGCUCCAAAAUAAAAUACAACAUUUUGUAAAACAUGUUUUUUUUAAAAAAGCAAUUUUUAGAGAAUUUAGGAAAAUAAUUUGCAAUGGAUUCUAAAGUUUCCUACUGUUUCAGGUUUUAUAAAAAAUGAAAAAAAAAAAUCCUGUUUUUCUUUAGGAUAAGGGGAUAUUGAUGAGUGGUGGAAUGUAUUUUCAAAGUAAGAGUUACACUAGGUGCCAUACACUAUUUCACCGAAUGCCAUUUAGGAAGAGAAACACCAGAUUUAUUAGCUAUUGGUGCCUUUAAACAGAGCAAUCUGUCUACCUGUUUAACUUUAUGCAACUUUCUUUGCAGUUUUAUACAGUAAACAUGUUUGUUUUAUUUAUCUUUGACUAUUGGUUUUUGGUGUAUUCAGUAUGACCAAGAUGGGAAAAUGUACCUGCUGUAGUAGUUUUUUUUUGGCUACUUAAUAGACUUAAACAUCACUAGCUGGGUAAAGAUUGACAAUUGAUUUAAAAAAUUUCCAACAUUUUUGGUGUCUGGUAUUGCUUUUGCACAUUUAAUAUCAGCUUUUAGUUUUAAGGGACAUUAGUAAGGGCAAAAUGUCUGGCUUACAGGGAACACUGAUGCUGUCUUUCUUUGUUACUGUCCUUGCUGUUUAUGUGCACAACCUUUAUAAACUUACACAGAGUUUUAUACUCAUGUUCUGUAGGAUACAAACACUGUAACUACACUUUUCUGUACUUUUUCACAAAAGACUGACUGCAUAUUCUGUGUAUGUUUGCAGAUUGCAUUUUAUGUAUUUCACAUUGCAAAACUGUAAUGUAAAUGUUUUCAUCACUAAGCACCACCGAGGAGUUAUACCGUUACACUUGUUUGUAAAUGUUCAUAUCAGGUCUGGUAAUAUUUCGCUGUGGCAGAUCGUGUGAUGUUUUGCACUGAUAAUACUUGUGUACAGUAAUAUGAUGUCUGCAAUCAUUUUACUGUUUUAUGCUCCUCUGAUUUCUAUCUGUCCUGUGCCUUUAAUCUCAUCAGCUGCGGUGCUGAGUGUGUUAUGUGCAGAGGGAGUAAAAUAAUGGAAUGGGGAGGAGCCGCUGUGGCUGUUAGUCUUCAGUGGUAAAGACUAAUUAAGUACAUUUACUCAAGUAAUUAAGUACAGUUUUAUGGUGCUUUAUAACUACUCCACCACAUUUGAGAGGGGAAUAUUGUAGUUUUUAGAUCCAGUAUUUUAAUUUGAUAACUGAAAUAUUUUACUUAAAAAAAGAAACAAACAAUGAGCUUAUAAAAUAUGCUUCAUUAAAGUCAUGUUUAAAAAAAAACAACUUUUAAAAGCAGGUUUAGUUGCGGCCCCUUGUUAGGCUGUAGACAGUUAUGAGUUGUUGGCAGUUCCUCCAAAUAAUGAUUUCCCCUCUAAACGUCAUAUAUAUAUAGUUAUAGUUUCAUAAAAAUAACUUUUUGAACCCAGAAAGGCAAAUAAAUACAUAAAUAACAUGGACUAACACUGGACUAACAAAUCGUAUAUAAAAAAGCUAGCUCUGCCUCCACCAGUUCCAACACUAAAUGCAUAUUAAUGCAACAAUCUAAUAAUGUAUUUUUUAAAUAAUUUAUCAGUCACAACAUAACUUUUUGCUGGUAAAAACAUAUUUAAUUUUUAAUUUUGAGUUUAGGACUUUUGCCUUUACAUUGUUGUUUUGAUACUUUCAAUAAAAUAACUCUGAUCUUCUUACAUCUCA